CUGGGCUGCCGAGCGGCCUCCCCAGAGCACAGAGUGCGCACGGUGGGGGGUGCUCAGCAUGCCGGUCCUGGUCCGACUCAAGCUGGGGCUGCUGCCGGCUUUGCUGCUGGUGACCGCGAUGGCAGCUCAGCCUCCCCGUCUGCUGACCUUGCUGUCCUCAGGCCAGGGUGCUCUGGACCGUGUGGCACUGGGCAGCCUGUUAAAUACACUGGCGGACCGUGUGCACUGCGCCAACGGGCCGUGUGGAAAGUGCCCGUCUGUGGAUGAUGCCCUGGCCCUGGGCAGGCCCGAGAAGCCAGGGCUCCCUGGAGGGCCAGCCCUAGAGCACAGAUACAUCGCCCGCCUCAGUGCUGCUGCUGCCCUCUACCUCAGCGACCCCAAGGGCACCUGCACAGACGUCCGGGCUGGCCGCUGGGCCACUCGUGCUGACCAUCUCUUGGCCCUGCUGGAGGGCCGCAAGGCCCUGACACCAGGCUUGAGCAGGCUGCUGCAAAGGAUUCAGGCCCAGGCUGCUGGCUGGCCUGCUGCCCAGGAGGCCUGUGUGGACCUGCCUCAGCUGCUGGAGGAGGCAGAAGGGGCAGGAGCUCCCAGCAGCCCUGGCCCGGUACUGGCCGCCCUGUUGGACCAUGUCAGCAGUGGGUCCUGUUUCCGUGCCCUGCCGACCCCCCAGUACUUUGUAGACUUUGUGUUCCGGCAGCACAGCGGCGAGACUCCCAACAUCACACUGGCUGAGCUGGAGGCCUUGAUGCAGCGCCUGGGGAUAGGCAGAGUGGCUGAGACACACAGUGACCACAGUGACCACGGUCAUCUGAGAAACAGGGCCAACCACCAGGGCCCUGUGCCCCUUGCCACCCCGAACAGCAGCUCCAGCCUGUGGGACACAGUAUGCCUGAGUGCCGGGGAAGUGAUGGCCGUGUAUGGGCUGUCUGAGCAGGCCGGGGUGACUCCAGAGUCCUGGGCUCAACUGAGCCCUGCCCUGCUCCAGCAGCAACUGAGUGGGGCCUGCAGCCCCCAGCCCAGGCCCCCCACGCAAGACCAGCUCAGCCAGGCGGAGAGGUAUCUCUACGGCUCGCUAGCCACACUGCUCAUCUGUCUCUGUGCGAUUUUCGGCCUCCUGCUUCUGGGCUGUGCCAGCUACAGCGCUGCCUCCCACUACAUCAUCCAGACCUUCCUGAGCAUGGCCGUGGGCGCACUCACGGGUGAUGCUAUCCUACACUUGACACCCAAAGUGCUGGGGCUGCACACCCACAGUGGGGAGGGCCUUGGCCCACAGACCACCUGGCGCCUUGUGGCCAUGCUGGGUGGCCUCUACACCUUCUUCCUGUUUGAGAACAUCUUUAAUCUCUUGCUGCCCCUGGACCCGGAGGACUCAAAGGAGGGGCCCUGCAGCCACAGCCAUGGGGUGUCCCUGCAGCUGGCGCCCAGUGAGCUCCGGCCACCUAAGCAGCCCCGCGAAGGCUCGCGCACAGACCUGGUGGCGGAGGAGAGCCCAGAGCUGCUGAGCUCGGAGCCCCGGAGACUGAGCCGAGAGCUGAGGCUGCUGCCCUACGUGAUCACGCUGGGUGACGCCUUGCACAACUUCGCCGACGGGCUGGCCGUGGGCGCCGCCUUCGUGUCCUCCUGGAAGACCGGGCUGGCCACCUCGCUGGCCGUGUUCUGCCACGAGGUGCCGCACGAACUAGGGGAUUUCGCGGCCCUGCUGCACGCGGGGCUGUCGGUGCGCCGGGCGUUGCUGCUCAACUUGGCCUCCGCGCUGACGGCCUUCGUCGGCCUCUACGUGGCGCUCGCUGUCGACGUCGGCGAGGACAGCGAGGCCUGGAUCCUGGCGGUGGCCACCGGCCUGUUCCUCUACGUGGCGCUCUGCGACAUGCUCCCAGCCAUGCUGCACGUGCGGGACCAGCGGCCCUGGCUUCUCUUCCUGCUGCACAACAUGGGCCUGCUGGGCGGCUGGACCGUCCUGCUGCUGCUGUCCCUGUAUGAGGACAACAUCACCCUCUGA